CGCUCCCAGAUUAGCUACAAGUGUAACAUGGUGCCACGACCGAUCCCUGAGCUUCUAGAGGACACAUCCACCCACUUAUCUAUUGCUGUGCCACGUCUCCUAAAGGAAACAUCAGUCCUGUCCUCUUCUUCAGAUUCUGAUGACCCUGAGGAGCUGCCCUACAUUCCUAUGCCCCACCAGCCUGAAUUUUCGGGUUCCCGCAUGUCCCUCACCGAGAUUCCCACAGAGGAGCAGUCUGUCGGUCCAGAUGGGGCUCUAACGGAGGAGGAUACAUCCAUGGAUUGGCAGGAUGAAGAGCAGAGAAAGGAAGAUGUAGAGUCAUCCAUGAGGAAGCAUAAGAGCAUGUUGCCCCAAAAACGUUCCACGGAGGCUGACACACUGGGAUCUUUUGAAGAGGAGACUAGUGACAUCCAGAGAAGGCCAGAGAAAAGGAGGGCACUGAAGAAAGGCUCCAGCCUGGAGUCUCCAGAUGCAUCUGACAAAGCCUCACAGAAGGGAGGGCUGCGCCGAGGCAGUUCUGCAGAUAGUGCCCUUUUGCUCAACCUUCCCUCAGAUGAAGCUGAGUCCCCCUCCCGUCCAAUCUUGACCAAAGCGGCCUCCAUGGAGCUGCCCCGUCGCAGCCCCAGCCCUGGCACAUUGUAUCGUAGGAAAGGUGGCCUUCCUGAGGAAGAAUAUGCUCAGCGCCUGGAGCUCAUGCGUCAGCGCUUACUGCGAGGCAGUCCUGUGGAUGGCAAACUGAGCGGCUUGCGGGGGCCCCUGUUGGAGACUCUUGGCCUUGAGAAGAAGGUCCCGAGGCCUCCCCGGUUAGAAAAACAGAUGUCCCCAGGGCAUAAAAUGGUACGGGCAGCUUCUAGUGAGACAGCCCCACAGCACUUGCCCCCAGAGGGACGCCUCCUCCAAAAAAGUAGUUCCUUCAGCCAGGGUGAUGGGGAGCCUGUCACCCUGCACCGGCGCUCUGGGGCACCAUUGGAAAUCCCCUUGGCACAGGCAGAGACUCAGAGAUUAAAAGAGACCCCAUCCCUCUCAGCAUUGAAUGAGUCCCGGCCUCACACACCACAUGAAACUCUCUCCAAAGUGCCCAGCCUUGAGAUGGAGGUAGGAACUAAGUCCCUCACUAGGUCUAGCCUGUGGAGACCUAUCCCUAGACAGUCUGAGGAGAAGCCAUCAGUCAGAUUUCCUAAACUUGAUACUCCAAUGGCUGGGAAAGCCAUGAGCUCCAAACGGGAAUCGAUACCAUCCAGGAAAAUCUCACCCAUCCCCGGCAGCUCUGCUCCAAAACGUUCUGCUUAUGCUGAUGUCAUGAAGUCCUUGGUUGGUGAAUCUUCCCAAAGCCCUCAGAGGGAGAGCACUGAACCUUCCAUUGCUGCUUCGGAAGGUGUGCCUCAGCAAUCCCCCACAGAAAUGCCACUCUCUGCUGUGGUCUCCAGCAAAGAGAAAGAACUUCCCUCCUCAGCUGAACAUAUUGCGGACAUUGACUCUGAAGAAGUCUUUGAAGCCAAAUUCAAGAGAGGCAGGGAAGGCUCCUUCAGCAGAGGCUAUAAGCUAAUCUCCAGAUCUGAGGAGCGACACCUGGCCAAGCCCCUGGUGCAGGAAGAAGGCAUUUAUCGGCCAGGACCAGCAGGUGCUCCAAUAGAAUUUUCCAAGUCUACGGCCCCUAAGCAGCUAGGAGCACGCUCCCGUUCAGUACAGGACCUGCAUGAAGUGGAGAAGGAAGGAGGCUUCAUUCGCAGGAUGUCAAUGCGCCUGCGUCGGACUCCCCCUGCCGAGAGAAAGAAGGUCAAGGAGGAGGACUCAGGGAGUAUGGGCCGGGGACGUAGACCUUCUUGGGGCUUGGCUUCCAAAGACAAAAAGGACACAGAGGGCCAACAAUCCGAGCCUAGCUCCAGUGAAUCCCCUGUUAUGGCCGUACGCCGGAAGAUUGGAAGUACAGUAGGCCACCUCUCCACACAUCUACGUAGCCACUCACAGCAACAGGCUGAUGACGACCAUGCUGUUGCUACUGGUGACCGCGUCAGGCAGCUUGAGAAGAGAGCUCCCUUUCUCUCUCAGAUACGCCGUGCAACCUCUGAGGGUGAAAACCUGCGCCAGGUGGGCAUCCCACAGAACCAGCUGGCAGCCCAGUCUGCUAAGGUCCCCUCCACAGAAUCGUUCCAGUCUGAGUCGUCCACAGGCAAUGUUUCCAAUGAUGGCCACCGACGCAGCUCUCGUUGGGAUCGCUGGAGUUUAUCCCGUGCCAAGAAGGACAAGGUGGCCUCUCAGCCCAACCUCCCUGCCGGCCUGAGAGGGGAAGGUGUCGUUAUUGUCAAUCAACCUUACAUGCUGAGUGAAUCGGAUUUCCCUCCUGUUUUCCACAUAAAAUUAAAGGACCAGGUAUUGUUGGAGGGAGAGGCAGUGCAACUUUGCUGCCUCCCUGCUGCCAGCCCCGCCCCUUGCAUUCUGUGGAUGAAAGAUAAACGUGCCCUGGUUUCAGAGGGAGUUCUUAAUAUUGUGGCAUGUAAGGAUGGCCGUCAGCUACUCACCAUUUCCAAAGUCUCCAAGAAGGAUGCAGGCCUGUAUGAAUGUAAUGCUACAAAUGCCUUGGGCACUGCAACUAGUUCCUGCACCAUUGCUGUGGCACGUCUUCCUGGGAGACCAGGAACUCCAGAAAUUCCACAAAAGUACAGGAACACAGUCCUGGUGUUGUGGAGGCCAGCAGACACUCAGGCGCCCUGCACAUACACACUGGAACGCAAGAUAGAUGGAGAACACGAUUGGAAAACAAUUAGCUCAGGCAUUGCUGACUGUUACUUCAACGCAACGGAUCUUCCCGUUGGAAACACCAUCAAGUUCCGUGUUGCCUGUGCCAACAAAGCUGGACAAGGCCCGUACAGCAACCCUUCAGGGAAAGUGUUCAUUGAGACUGCAGAACCCACAGCUGCCCAUUCAGGUCUUCCUGCCAAGAAGAACAGAACAGCUUCAACCAGAUCUACUCAGACACUUCCUGAUCAGACUCCCCAACCAAUGAUGAAAAGCACUGGUCCUCUGUCGACCCCUGAGCCAGUUUUAGGACAGGUUCCUGCGGUGCCACAAGUGAUUCAAGCCAGUGAGGAGACAUCUGUGGCUUCAGAGAAAGAAAAGCUCCCAAUUACAGCCCUCCUUCCAUCUUCCCAGGAUUCCCCCUCUUUGGAAGGUCCAUCCAUGACAAAGGCUCCUUUCCCAGAACCAACAUUAAAGCCUUCCAGGACAGCAUCUUCCCUCAGCACUCAUAAUGUCCCGACUACCACCAAGGGUUUGCUUGCCCCAGCAUCAUCCCCUGGUUCUUCUGUCCCCAAGUUCUCCCCAGUCCAGCCUGCACUUCCAACUUCCACGGUGGACUCACCAGGGACCAUCUCUCCUAAAACCGUGCCAUAUGUUGCCACCUCUUUUGUCUCCAUCCCAUCGAGACCACCUAUCGCAAAAGAGGAUGCCCCCAGCCCCUCAGUCACCCCCACCACAGAAGAAAUGCCUUCACACACACGUUUUCUAAGGCGGAACGUUACCUCCAGUAAGGAUACUAGUAGUGGAGCCCGGGGCAGUCUUACUUCAAAAGAUGAAUCCGCUUUGCGCCAAGGAGUGCCUCAGAAACCAUACACCUUCUUGGAUGAGAAAGCGAGAGGCCGUUUCGGAGUGAUCCGGGAAUGUAAGGAGAAUGCCACAGGCAAGCGUUUUUUGGCCAAAAUUGUACCCUAUGAGGCAGAAGGCAAGCAAAAUGUCCUGCAGGAGUACGAGAUCCUUAAGGGUCUGCACCACGAACGCAUCAUGACCCUCCACGAAGCCUACAUUACUCCUCGCUAUCUGGUGCUGAUCGCAGAAUAUUGCACUGGGAAAGAGAUCCUCUUCCACCUUGUGGACAGGAAGUAUGCUCCAGAAAUGGUGAAGGGGGAUCCCGUUGGCUCAGCAGCUGACAUCUGGGGCAUCGGAGUGCUCACGUAUAUUAUGCUCAGUGGCCGCUCACCGUUCUUUGAAGCAGAUACCUUGGAGAUAGAGAGCAGGAUCCUUGCAGGGCGUUAUGAUGCCUUCAAGCUCUACCCCAACGUCUCCCAGAGUGCUGCGCUUUUCAUCCGCAAAGUCCUCUCUGCUCAUCCAUGGAGCCGUCCCAUUCUCAAGGAUUGCUUCGCCAAUCCGUGGCUCCAGGAUGCCUAUCUCAUGAAGUUGCGGCGUCAGACCCUCACUUUCACCACGAGUCGCCUGAAAGAGUUCUUGGUGGAGCAGCAGCGUCGGCGCAAUGAAGUGGCUACCAAGCACAAGGUCUUAUUGCGCUCCUACCACGGCGCUAGCAGCCACGUGCCCUAGCCGCCUGCCCUGCCGGAGGAGCCACAAAACAUUCCAGCAGGGGGCGUAAUGGGCCAAGUACCUGUCCUCCCAGCCAGGGUGGGACUGGUUGAUAUACCUCAUGGAUGAAAAAAGAGUCACCAGCACUGGCUGCUGAUCUUCCCCUUCUCCCACAAUCCUCACAGCAGGGCAAGCCGGUUUAGAGGGAACGAAACAGUGCCUGGUGACAAGACGUGCGACUGUGGGGUUGGUUCACAUAAGGGGUGAUGUGCUCUGGGAAAUCCGAGAAGGGCUUUGAAGAGGCAAAAGCCGGGACCUCUCCUCGUCAGAAGAAAGUUCCUUGGAAGAUUCAGAUGACUCCUUCUGCAUUGUGUCUAAUGGACGGCCUCCGGUUCCUUGGUACACAGCCCUGAGGAGUGGCCCGUUGUUUCGUUUUGCAAAGUAACCUGAACUGGGAAAGAAA